UUAAUUCGGCAGCGCCGGUGCAUCGUGCAAUGGUGGUGAUGCGGUACCGGUACAACAGGUAGCUCCAUGUAGUGGGUGCCGCUCGAUCUUCGACGAACGUCAAACAAGAAUAAACGUCGUUUCUGGAGAUAACGAAUCCUUAUUCGAGUGAAGCCAACGUAGUUCAGUGACAGUGGAACAGCCAAAACAGAGACUGAAGAUUUUUGGUUUAAUAUUAAUCUUCGAGUUCGUCCGACAUGGUCAUGGACAUGAUGGAAUUCAAGAAUUUGUUGAUAAUGUUGGGCUGCUUAAUAUGCUGUAUGUCCCCUUGUACAUGUAUGUCUCAAACUUGCAUUGAUGACGAGUUGAAUGAUCAACUGCAAUGUCGAUAUGACUGCUCGGAUGAAGUGAUACGUGACAAAUGCUCACAAUUUGAUGCAACAUCCCAUCCGUCAAUAGAUGGGUACUGCUGCCCAGGCUAUUUCCUUACAAAAAAUGUCACCGAACCUAAUUCCACAUUGAUAUUUGAAACUUUCAGAUGCCAGAGAUGCAGGGACAAUACAUUCAUGCCUGACAUCAAUAAGUGCGGCUGUGAAUGCAUUAUUUGCAUGGAAUGUGAUAGCACCCCAGAAGAUUCCAUAGUUGAUGAUUGCACCAAAAUCAAGAACAAACGGUGUGAAAUAGCACAGGACCCUACAACCCCUGCAAAUGUUGCAUGUCCUUUCAUUAUGACGUCAACAGGGAACCCGCCAACAACCAUAGAAGUUAACACUGUACAAGUAACUUCAACGUCAGAUGUUCCAGUACUGAGAAAAUCAAGGAACCCAUAUAGAGCAGGAUUUUAUGUAACGCUGCCCGUCUCAUUUUUUCUUCUGAUUCCAGUUUUAUUUGUUUGUGUCUUUGUCUGCUGGGCAUAUAAAACAGCUCCAGCUAAUGAAAGAAAAAUCAAUGAAGACCCUGGUUCAGCUCCAACUAAUGAAAGAAGAAUCAAUGAAGACCCUGGUUCAGCUCCAGCUAAUGAAGGAAAAAACAAUGGAGACCAUGAUGCAGCUCCAGCUAAUGAAGGAAAAAACAAUGGAGACCAUGAUGCAGCUCCAGCUAAUAAAGGAAAAAACAAUGGAGACCAUGAUGCAGCUCCAGCUAAUGAACGAAAAAACAAUGGAGACCAUGAUGCAGCUCCAGCUAAUGAAGGAAAAAACAAUGGAGACCCCGGUGCAGCUCCAGCUAAUGAAGGAAAAAACAAUGGAGACCCUGGUGCAGCUCCAGCUAAUGAAGAGCCUGAAACUGCAGCUCCAGCUAAUGAAGGAAAAAACGAUAGAGACCAUGAUGCAGCUCCAGCUAAUGAAGGAAUAUACUAUGGAGUAACGGUUAUAGAUACAACUAAUAAAGGAAGAAAUGAUGGAGACCCUGAUGCAGCUUCAGCUAAUGAAGGAAAAAACAAUGGAGACCAUGAUGCAGCUUCAGCUAAUGAAGGAAAAAACAAUGGAGACCAUGAUGCAGCUCCAGCUAAUGAAGGAAAAAACAAUGGAGACCCUGAUCCAGCUCCGGCUAAUGAAGGAAGAAACGAUAGAGUCCCUGAUCCAGCUCCAGCUAAUGAAGGAAGAAACGAUAGAGUCCCUGAUACAGCUCCAUCUAAUGAAGGAAGAAACAAUAUACUCCCUCACACAGCUCCAGCUAAUGAAGGAAGAAACGAUAGAGUCCCUGAUCCAGCUCCAGCUAAUGAAGGAAGAAAUGAUAGAGUCCCUGAUCCAGCUCCAGCUAAUGAAGGAAGAAACGAUAGAGUCCCUGAUCCAGCUCCAGCUAAUGAAGGAAGAAUAGAUGAAGUCCCUGGUGCAGCUCCAGCGAAUGUGGAAAGACAUGAUGAUAUGUCAUGGAAAGAGAUUGCACGAUUGAUAGCAAAAAAGCUUCUGAGGAAGACUGCAACUAAUAAAACGGGAUAUCACCCUGUAGAUACAAAUGAAGUGUAGGCGAAUCCAAAUAGGAGGAAUAACGAGAAUACCGGGGUUGAUGAAGGUCGAUGAAGGACGAUCAAAAUGCCAUCUGAACCAAGAGCAAAAGUUUGAAUUUAUAUUGAUUGCUGGAAGGCAGUUACAAGAUUGGCAUUAUCAAGGAUUCUAUUCGUCAUAAUGAUAAUCUGAACUGGUGAUUGGUCUAAACCCUGUCAUGUGACCAAAGAUUGUUCCAACCAAUGUCACAAACUUGGGAAAAUGCCAUGAAUCCUGGCAUUUGACGUCACAAGCCGGUAAUAGUAUACCCGAA